AUGGGGUCAAAAAUAAUUGCAUUGAUUGUAUGUUUACCAUUAUUACUAUUAUUUAUUGCAUUGGGACUUGCAAUUUUCUAUUGUCUACGUUCAAGAAAACGUAUUAGACAACGUACUACAUCAACUCCAGUGCGAAAUCAUUUACCUAGAUCACAGCCAACUCCAACCUCAAAUUUUACUAAUAUUCCUGCACAAGCCCCAUACCCGACGGGUUCAUCACAAGUUCCAUAUCCAAUGAGUUCAUCUCAGGCUCCAUAUCCAAUUAGUUCAUCACAAGAUGGAAUGCCAACAGGAGCAGCAGUGAUAUCGUCGGCGCCUAACUUUGAUCAACCACCACCAUAUCCUGCAAAAAGGCUAUACAAUAUGAAACUAUGA